CGUCAGACAGUUGAUGCGUUGACACUGUUGUUUUACUUUUUUGUGAAUAGAAAAUAUCUGUUUUUGGUGCUUUUAGUGGUUCUGGUAUUUCAUAAUUGCGGGAUUAGAGAAAGAAGAACCCGAUAGAAUAAACCAGAUAGUGCCUUGUAAGUGCAAUUAUCACUGCUUGCUUUAGAACUUGAAGAAAAGUAGAAAUAUUUGGGAGGUCUGAGGGAAAUGUUCUUGGCCUAAUGACCACUCGACGAAGACGCACUAUCUCAGAUGAAGCCAGGGACGAGGACAAUUUGUAUAACUUGAACUACAGCAACAAACCAUAUGUGUCUGAGACGUAUGUAGACAAUUCAGAUAUGACGUGCAGGGAUCGAACACACGAAUUUCUGUCGGCUGUCAAGUCGUUUCAAUCAAGACAGGGUAAUGGUGUUGCAAAAUUUUCUCAGAAUAACAAGCUUCUAUUACAACGCAGCGAAUUUACACAAAUAGCAAAAAAAAUUGGACAUGAUAUCAGCAACACAUUUGCCAAACUGGAGAAGCUCACAAUAUUGGCUAAACGAAAGUCAUUAUUCGAUGAUAAGCCUAUUGAAAUACAAGAACUGACUUAUAUUAUCAAACAAGAUAUCAACAAUUUAAACAAACAGAUUGCUCAGCUGCAACAGCUUGUUAAAUUGCGAGCUCACAAGAAUGGACGACACAUGCAGUCGCAUUCCAGUCAAGUUGUGGUGUCGCUUCAGUCAAAACUUGCAUCCAUGUCAAACAACUUCAAAGAGGUUCUUGAACUCCGCACUCGGAAUCUAAAAGAGCAAAAAACUAGAAGGGAUCAGUUUUCACAAGGACCCGUAGCUGCAAGUAUGCCGCCGUCUGCUACAAAGGGCAAUACGGGUUCAGUUUUACUCCAAGACGAGAAGACAAGUUACGGUGGUCUUGGUGGUGAUGUAUCCAUCAAUAUGGAGGAUAUGGAUAAACAGCGCUAUCAACAACAGUUGCAGUUAAUAGACGAACAGGACUCGUACAUACAGAGUAGAGCUAGUACUAUGGAAAAUAUAGAAGCCACUAUAGUAGAAUUAGGAAGUAUAUUCCAACAGUUAGCACAUAUGGUUAAAGAACAAGAGGAACAAGUUCAAAGAAUUGACCAACAGAUAGAUGAUACACAUGGCAAUAUUGAAGCUGCUCAUGGAGAAUUGUUAAAAUAUUUCCAGUCUGUCACAUCAAACCGAUGGCUGAUGAUAAAAAUAUUUGUUGUUCUCCUUGUGUUCUUCAUUGUUUUCAUCGUAUUUAUGGCAUGAGGAAAUAAAGCAAAGGAACUGGAACUAUGACUACUGUAACUGUUGUAUACUGCUCAACACUGCUGAACCUCCCAAAAAAACCUGAUGACCUACCGUAAAUAUGUGUAAUAAAAGACUGGAUCUGCAUUAUUAGGCUUGGUGGACAUUAGUUUUAAAAGGGAAUCAUGGACAAUAAACUGCUUAGACAAUAUGUGGACAUGGAGUUAGCAGCCUUUUUUCAUAAUAGACUAUUGGGACUGCAUGUGCCUAUCAUCGUCUACUCCAAUGGUUUUUAUCUGAACUGAUCUCUGUUCUUGGGAUCUCAUAAACUUUGAUGGAUUGAUGGUGCAGAUUUACUGAAUAUAAUUAAUCUUCAACCCUCCAGAUUUGCUGGGUGGUUUUUUUUCCCUGAAAAUUACAAAAUUUACAUAUAUGUCACUUGUAAUGUGAACUAGCAGUUGUACUGGAAUAUGAGUAUAUUUUAAAUUUUAAAUACCCUCCUUCCCUAUCUGGUUUACCACGUGUUAUUUCUCAUUCGGAUUAUGGAAUACAAAAAUUUUGGGUUGAGAACUAUCUAUUGGAUCUAUAAAUGUAGCUGCCUUCACAGUUUCAAAAAAAAAAACAAAAAAAAAUAAGAAUUAUAUUACAUGGUUUAUUACAAGAUUUUAGUAAACUCUUAUCCUGAGGGUCUAAAGUCAGGGUUGUGUAAUCAUUGGCAAGAUUGAUUUUUCUCAAGAAUUGUAUUUAUGAUCAAGCACAUCAAUGGUUACCAUACUCUGCUGUUUUACCGUACAUUGUUUAAAAUUGCUGAAAGAAUUAUUUUUAUUGGAAAUGGCCCUCCUGUGCUGAAUUUACUGUGUGUACAUACUGAUAAUAAUGCCAAACCAAAGGAGAAGAAUAUUUGAGGGGAAUAUGUAAAGCUAAAAUUAUUAUUUUAGGGUUGAAUAAAAUGUAUUGAAAUAAAU